UGCAAUUGGGCCCCACUCCAAAACACCAACCACCAGCAUCCAUCCAUCCAUCUCUCUUUCGUUCAUGGCGUUUUCCUUAUCCUCUCCUUCUUGAUUGCAUCGCGAUCAUCGAUCCCCACUCACCUCUUCUUCUCCUUCUUCAUACAAACCCUAAUAAUAAAUAACCUCUGCACAAAUCACAAUAUUUUUCACUAUUAUGCGACCUUCGUCAUCCACAACUGUCUUCUUCACAGAGGACUCAUUCAAUUCACCAAUUCAAUCGUUCUUCAAUGGCCACCGAUGCGUGCGCUCCCACUCCGUUUCCGAUUCUCUGUAAUGCCGCUGCUGGUGCUUCCGCUGGAGUUAUUGCUGCUACGUUUGUGUGUCCUUUAGAUGUGAUCAAAACUAGGUUUCAGGUUCAUGGUCUUCCGCAGCUUAAUGGUGGAACUAUUAGAGGUAGUUUGAUAGUAGGUAGUCUAGAACAGAUUUUUCGCAAGGAAGGGACGCGUGGGUUGUACCGUGGGCUUUCGCCCACUAUUCUUGCUUUGCUUCCAAAUUGGGCGGUUUAUUUUACUAUAUAUGAGCAGCUCAAAGGUCUGCUUGGUUCCGAUGGAAUUCAUGGUCUAUCGUUUGGUGCCAAUAUGUUAGCUGCUUCCGGGGCUGGAGCCGCAACAACCAUUGUGACAAAUCCUUUGUGGGUUGUGAAGACAAGACUACAAACUCAGGGAAUGAGGACAGGCAUAAUGCCAUAUAAGGGUACAUUUUCAGCUUUGAGAAGAAUCGCUCAUGAAGAGGGUCUUCGUGGCUUAUACAGUGGUCUAGUACCUGCACUGGUGGGCAUUAGUCAUGUUGCAAUCCAAUUUCCCGCUUAUGAGAAGAUCAAAAUGUAUUUGGCUAGUAGAGAGGGUACCACACCUGAUAAACUUGGUGCUCGUGAUGUCGCUGUUGCUUCUUCGGUUUCAAAAAUCUUUGCAUCCACAUUAACGUAUCCACACGAGGUUGUUAGGUCAAGGCUACAAGAACAAGGGCACCAUUCCGAAAAGAGAUACGCGGGAAUGAUGGAUUGCAUUAAGAAAGUAUUUGAAAAAGAAGGGUUUCGUGGGUUCUACCGUGGUUGUGCUACCAAUCUAUUGAGGACAACCCCGGCUGCAGUUAUAACGUUUACCAGCUUUGAAAUGAUUCACCGGUUUCUCGUCACUUUAUUCCCUUCUGACCCGCAUCCUCACACAUUAUCAAGAUAAUUACAUUGGUAUUUUUUUAAACAUAAACAUUUGUAUAAUUACAGGACUUUUAUUCUUGGGUAGUGUAUACCAAAUUAGUAAUCAAAAUUCAAAUAUAAGAUUUUUGGAUUUGGAUGUUAAAACGAGAUUUCUUUUAUUU